UGCUGCAUUACACGGGGCCUUUCCUCUGAUGCACAUGCUGACAUCUGCUUCUUCUAGACAUGCUCCAAGAAUCAGUUUCUCUUUUCGCCUUUCCAUAAAUACGUCCACAUCAUUUGGCUCUGAUGUUUUGUCAUCUACAAGAGCAAGUAUCGCCGAGAGGACUGCACAAGAGCAUCAAUGGAUCAGGGGAUGGAGCUGAAGGGAUGCGUUUGCCGGAUCAAGAGCUCCGCAGCUGAGCUUCUGUCCAUGGAGGAGGAUCUGGUGACUGAUCUGGACGAUGGCCUAUGGGAUUUGGUCAGGAGGGACCUCCAGCUCAAGGCCACCUUCCUGUAUGUUGACCUGAGCCGUGUGAUCUCCCGCUGCGAGGGCAAGGAGCGCAGGAAGGCGCUCACCCUUCUCGCCAACGAGUUCUUCGACUUCAUGGAUGAGCUGGGUGACGCCGUGGCGACCCGGAGCAUCUCCGUCGUGAAGGCGUGCUACGGCGACGCGGCUCGGGCUCUGCGCGAGGUGGUCGCCGCCGUUGCGCCGCCGGCAGCAGUCUGAGGGGCCUAUAUCAUCUCGCCUGCAUUGUGCUGCAAUGUACAUGAGAACCUCUCGUGCUUUCUGAUAAGAAGCAAGAAAAGGGGAGAGAAGCAUGUCUAAAGCACUUGCAGAAAAGAGGACGAGAUGAUACAUGCCACCAUGUAAGAAACGCGGGCAGUAGCUACAUCACCUAUGUA